AUGGAUAACACAGAUCGCAUGAUUCUGGCCGCUGAAACGGAUUUCGGGUUAAAGCUGCUUCAACAGCCACCCGUCAUGCAGCCCAGUGUGGUCUCACCGCUAUCUGUGCUGUUCGCUUUGGCGAUGGUCCAAAUAGGAUCAAAGGGAAACACCAAAACACAGAUCAAUAAAGUAAUUUCCCACGGCAGAUCGGAUGAAAAUACUAUCGGCUACUAUUCUCGUUUAGCAAAAGAAGUUGGAAAAACAGGUGACGACGGAUUGCAAAGCUUAGUUGCAAAUGGAUUUUUUAUAGAUGGAAGAUAUGAAAUUAACGAAGAAUACCGGAAUCGGAUCACAGAGAAAUUUUCCGCACAAUGCACCUCUCUUGAUUUCAAACGUGAGAAAGAAUCAGCUGAAGUCAUCAAUAAUUUUGUUAGUAAUGCUACGCAAGGAAGAAUCAAGACAAUGGUUAAUGAAAGAACGAUCAGAGAUGCUCAUUCACUCCUGUUAAAUGCAAUCUACUUCUCAGGUGUUUGGAAGGACAAAUUUUCCAGGAAAAAGUCAUUCAUGGCCAAAUUCUUCAAAACUCCACAAAGAACUAAGCGGAUUCGUUUUAUGAAUGCGUACAAUGUACGAAGAUCCUACACUGAAAACAAUGAUAUGCAGGUUCUAUCCUUAGCUUACACGGAUCCCGCAUAUGCAAUGAAUAUUUUUCUGCCCAAAAAAAGAUUUGGACUUCGCGAACUUCUCCAUAAUCUAAAUGGAACCACAAUUCAAAAUUUGCUCUCUCAACUUAAAAAUACUUCAGUUACGAUCACUGUACCAACGAUGAAACUGAAUAAAAACGUUGAACUGAAAGAAUCCUUAAUGGCAAUGGGUGUCAUCGAUUUGUUCUCCGAAAACGCGGAUCUCUCUGGAAUCACCAAAACAAGGAAUCUAAAAAUUUCUGAUGCUACACAUAGGGCUCUUAUUGAAAUGAACGAGGAAUUAACGACAGCAGCAGGUGCUACAAGUUUCAGAUUCUCCUAUAAGAGUUUGACGAGAAAUGCAAGAUUUUUCGCCAAUCAUCCAUUCCUUUUUAUUGUGACCAAAUCCGGACAUCCGUUGUUUAUGGGAAAAUUCAUGAAUGAAUGA